AUGGCGGCGGAUCAAGGCGGCGAAAGGCUGGGGCUGGAAGAGGGAGGUUUCGUGGUUCAUUUGGCACUGGUCUUGCCUGAAUCGGGGGUCGGAGCUGAGAGAAAACAGCUCCCAAAGUUGGCUGGUCGAGGCUGUCUAAGAGCACUUCCACCAGUUAGCCCCUUGCCAUGGCAAGGGGAGCCCUAG